AUGAAGUACGUUAUCGUCUCGGGAGGUGUGAUCUCUGGUAUUGGAAAAGGUGUUCUCGCUUCGUCCACUGGCUUGUUGUUCAAGACUUUGGGCUACCGUGUCACUUCCAUCAAGAUCGACCCCUACAUGAACAUCGACGCAGGUACCAUGUCGCCAUUGGAGCAUGGUGAGUGUUUUGUGUUGAACGACGGUGGAGAAGUCGACUUGGACUUGGGUAAUUACGAGAGAUACCUUAACAUCACCUUGACCAGAGACCACAACAUCACCACUGGUAAAAUCUACUCGCAUGUUAUUGAGAGAGAGAGAAAGGGUGACUACUUGGGUAAAACCGUGCAAGUGGUUCCUCAUAUCACAGAUGCUAUCCAGUCUUGGAUUGAACGUGUAGCACGUAUUCCUGUCGAUGAGUCGGGCUUGGAGCCAGAGAUUUGUAUCAUUGAGUUGGGAGGAACUGUUGGUGACAUUGAGAGUGCUCCAUUUGUGGAGGCUUUGAGACAAUUCCAGUUCCGUGUUGGCCCUAGCAACUUUGCUUUGAUCCAUGUUUCCAUGGUGUUGGUGAUUCACGGUGAGCAAAAGACUAAGCCAACUCAGGCCGCCAUUAAGGACUUGCGUUCGUUGGGUUUGACCCCUGACAUGAUCGCAUGUAGAUGUUCUGAGGAAUUGGAGAUUGCUACCCGCCAGAAGAUUGGCAUGUUCUGUCAUGUUGGUCCAGAGCAAGUGAUUGCCAUUCGUGAUGUCAACUCCACAUACCACGUCCCAUUGUUGUUGCAGGAGCAAAAGAUGAUGAAGUUCUUGGCUAAGAAGUUGGACUUGUCGCCUGAGGCAGUGGCUUCUGCCGCUAAAGCCAAGGGUGAGAAGUUGAUGUCUUCUUGGAGAACCUUGACUUCUGCUCACGAUAGAUCUAUCGAAACCGUUACCAUUGCUCUCGUGGGUAAGUACACCAACUUGAAGGACUCAUACUUAUCUGUGAUCAAGGCCUUGGAGCACUCUUCCAUGAGAUGCCACCGCAGAUUGAAGAUCGAGUGGGUUGAGUCUUCGGACUUGGAGGUCGAGACCAAAGAGUCCAACUUGGCCGACUACCAUAAGGCAUGGCACUUGGUAUGCCAGGCUGACGGUAUCUUGGUUCCAGGAGGUUUUGGCUCUCGUGGUAUCGAGGGUAUGAUUGCUGCUGCCAACUAUGCCAGAGAAAACAACGUGCCAUACUUGGGUGUGUGCUUGGGUUUGCAAGUGGCUGUCAUUGAGUUUGUCAGAUCCACUUUGGGCUACAAGGACUCCACGUCAAUGGAGUUUGACCCUAACGCCGACGAGGCCACUGCUUCUGUGGUGUACAUGCCAGACGUGGACCAGAUCAACUUGGGAGGAACCAUGAGAUUGGGUAUCCACUCCACCAAGUUCGUGGAGGACUCCAAGUGGUCCAAGUUGAGACAGUUGUAUGGUGGUGCCGAUUCUGUGUUGGAGAGACACAGACACAGAUACGAGGUGAACCCUAAGUUGAUCGAUGCCAUCGAAGCCAAGGGCUUGAAGUUCAUCGGUAAAGACGAGUCCGAGAAGAGAAUGGAGAUCGUGGAGCUCAAGGACCACAAAUUUUACGUCGGUACCCAGUACCACCCUGAGUACUGCUCUAAGGUGUUGGAUCCAUCGAGACCAUUUUUGGGAUUGGUUGCUGCUGCCGCUGGCAUGUUGGAGGAUGUCACUUCCAGAGACGACAUUCACCAAAAGGGAGAGUUCUAG